AUGGAUGUAGAGUCCAAAAGACUAAUUGUUAGGAUGAAGAAAGGUGUGUAUGAUGCUCUACAGAAGAAAUAUCUCGGGACACUAAUGUUCUGUGUGUGCCCGACAGUUGAAGGGCCAGUGAUUGAAGAAUAUUCCUACGGAUCCCCUCGCACAAAUGACCACUUCCGACCAGUCCAGGGGACUGUUUUAGACACAACCAAGUCACUUAUAUUUCCUCUUCCACUCCUGGCUGUUGCUCAUCAACAAUUCCUAGCAGGCUGUAGACAUGCAGAUGCAAAUGGUCUUGAUGGUUUAAAGGUUCAGAUUAUACUAUCAUCUAUCUGCUACCAGCCUUGUUUAUUCAUGUUAGAAUUCAACAAUUCAAUUAGUGCAGAUGUUGAAGGAGAUGGGAAUGAAUCUAAUUCAACCGUUUAUUCUGAGUAUGAUGUUAAUGGAGUUGUUAUUGAAGAAUCCCAAAGCCAAAACAACAAAAGAUCAGAGAUGAGAAUGCUUGGGUGCUAA